CCGCCCCGUUGCGCGCGCACAUCCCCAGAUAGAAUAGAGGCCGGGAGCGCGCGCCCCUGCAGGUCCGCUGCCCGGCGCGUGCGCAGAGGGCGCGUGCGAGAAGGCGGGAAAAGACAAGAUGGAACGACAGGGAGUGGACAUGCCCCACGCGGAAUGUAAGGACCAGGAGCCGCCGCCGCUGGGGGAGAGCGCGGAGCCGCAGGCCGAGGAGAGCCACGGGAAGGAAGCUGGCUGGGGGCCGGCGAGUGCCAAUCGCCAGCUGAUGAUGCUAGAAGGGAAGUUGGGACCCUACUUUUCAUCUCUGGACUCUAGCAUUGAGAUCCUGAAGAAGAGGACCCAGGAGCUGAUCGAAAACAUCAAUGAGAGCAGGCAGAAGGACCAUGCACUCAUGACCAACUUCAGGGACAGCCUCAAGAUCAAGGUUUCAGAUCUGACAGAGAAGCUAGAGGAGAGGAUGUAUCAACUUUAUAAUCACCACAACAAGAUCAUUCAGGAAAAGCUCCAAGAGUUCACCCAGAAAAUGGCAAAGAUCAGCCAUUUGGAAACAGAGCUCAAACAAGUGUGCCACACUGUGGAGACCGUGUACAAAGACUUCCAAGACCUGUGCGUCCAGCCAGAGGCUCCUACUUUGGAAGAAGAACAAGCCCAUAAAGAUGGCAAAUGCUGACAGCUUCUGAGAGUUACCUCUUGGUGACAGCCACCAAGAGAAGGCUCAGGGGCCACCAUUCUGGCCACACUGCGAAAAUUGUUUUUCACAGUUCUAUAAUGCAUCUUAGAAAAAACAAAACAAAAAGCUUGUGCCAGACCCAAAGGCAGGGAGUCCAGCCACCAUCAUGGGCCCAGAUUUGG